UAAGCAGUCGAAACACCGCGAUUCACUUCCCAAGAGACCAUUUAUAUAUAUAUACAAACACAUAUAUAUUCUAACUUUUGAAAAUAUGGCGGAACAAGAAUGGAGAGAAUCAACGUCAAGCAAUAAAGAGAGUGAGAGCAGCAGUAGUAAAAGUGAACCUCAUGGACAAGAUUAUCAAACGAGCGAUUCACGCUUAGAUGAAGCGGUUUCGCAAGAAGUCGCAAGUCUUACAAUAGCGGAUGAGAAUCUAGAUGGCAAAUGGCUAUCGAACCACCCUUGGGAAGCAGAAACACCAAAUAUCGUUCUCAAAAUGAAAGCAACGGUUUCCAAUUCAGCAUCAUAUCCCACAUCAGACGAAUGGACCACCCCAAGUAAAAAAGUGGAUCUGACUAAAAUCUAUGAUAACCUGCCCAAGUUUAUAGAAAGCGAGAUGAAAGGAACCAUUAACAGUUGUAGAGAAGAACUUACACAAGUGGUCACCAAUGUUUUAGAAAGCCGGAAGCCUUUGAAUUCACCUCUAUCGCCACAUAUACGUGAGAUACAUGACAAUAUUAAAAGCGAUCAGCUUUCAAAAGAUGAAAUUGUAAAAUCCUCUCCUCAAAAGUUCAAAGCGCAGUCACUGUCCUCAAACUCAGUGAACGAGUCGAACCUUUUUUACUUUAAUUGUGAACAUACGUUAAAAAUCCACGUCCCUGAUUUCAUGCAAUGGUUUGACACGGAGACUUGUGGGCAAACGAGGUGGAUUCAAAAGAUAAGAUUUAACAACUUCAAGGGAAAAAGAUGGAUAUUUGUUCCAAGUUUCCGUAGAGCGCAGAUUGCAUUGUUGGAUUGGCCAGAAGAUGCCCUCCUGAAUAAAGAAUCUACCAUCACUGUUCUUGUAGUGAGGCCUUCAGAGUUUGAUGAGUAUGUGAGGCAUUGUGGACACGAAAACAUUGUUAUCAGACUCCCACAGGAUGAAAUUGGAGCAGGUUAUCCCCGAUACUGGAUUCAAAAAAUCGCACUGCGCUUGGAAUUAGAUUUUAUCUGGAUGAUGGAUGACAGUGUUGAAUGUUUUUAUGAAUAUGAUCCAGAUGGGGUUAUAAACCAGAGCACUAAAUACAGAAGACAGUUUGGACUAGUGUUCGAGCGAAUCGAAAACGUUGUCAAGGAAGCUGACAGCACUGAACAUCCUAUCGCAGCUAUGGGUCCAAGGAGAUGGCACCCAUUUUAUAGGCCACAUGAGCCCUUCUCGUUCAAACCUCCACAAGAUGCAGUUUUCCUCAAUCUUAGAGUAUUACAAGCAAAGAAUAUUUUCUAUCGGCCAGAGCUAAAAAGGCUGGAAGACAUGUUGUUUGGAUGGGAAUGUAAGACGAAGGGUUUGAAGGUUUUCCGUGAUAACCGUGUUAUGUUGAUAGACCGUAGAUGGAAUAACACAGGAGCAAGCAGUCCAUCGGUAAAAAAAUAAUUGAAAAGUUUAAAAUUCUCGACUAGAACUAGAAAUUUCGAGGGAAAUUCAUAUUCGCUUCGACGAACUCUACAUUGCUGUAGUUCCCUCGAGUUCUAAUUAUUUUUUAUGCGAGUCGUUUUUAAGUUUAAUCACUGAGCCAUGACUAUGUAAAUAUUUGAACGAUCGUUCAUUUCCUCGAAUUUGAAUAUCUAACCAAGUUUAACUUUUAAGUGAGUGCAACCUAAUCAAACGUCUUCUCUGUGAAAGGUUUGUAAUUGAUCACAACAAUAUUAAACAACAUAUCACAUGCUGCAUGCUUAAACACAUCAGACUCGGGUGCCUGGAAUACAGACAAAAUGCCGAUACGGUAUAUUAGAGGUUACUCAUAAGUUAACUUGCCUUCAAACAUUUGGACUUUCUUUGUUUCUGUAGCAUUUAGCAUCUAGGAGUAAUUUUUAUUUAUCCUAGAUGGGUUUUCAGUCCAUGGCAUGAAGCUAGCCAUGUAUUUUUUUAAAGGUUGUCUUGACAGUUCACUGAUUCACCUACAUUAAGGGGCACCAUAUUAAGUUGUCACCAUGUGUUAGGCCGUCGGCUGUCGAGGUCCCAAAUUUGUUUUCCCUUAAUCACUAUAAUUUUCAUCUCUAUUUACUGGUCACUUAAGCGAUGUACAACAAUACACACAAAAUGGAGCAGUUGGACGAUAAACAGCCUAUUUUCAGUAGUUGUUUUAGUGUAUAGCAUACUUGUAGCUGAGUAUUUUAACUUGUUUGUAUUUGACUUGCCCUGCCAGCUUGUAAAAAUAUGGCAAACUUGUAAAAAUUUUCAAGGGUACUACACACCAUGUAUUAUUAUUCCAAGAUUGACCAAAGAGUAAACAAAAAAAAUAGUCCAGGCAGUUUUAAACAGUCUAACCUAAAUGUAGGUCCUGGUUUUAGAAAAUCACUUGACCCUGAUAUUUCUUUGCAACUGGGUUUCCGGAUGUAAAUAAAUUAUUCUCCAGUGUCAGCCAUAUGCCUACAGUUAUCAACAUUUGGAUGAAAUAUUUGACUAAAUUGAUGAUAGCUAAGAAUGCACAUUUCACUAACAAAAUGCUCAAUUCUAUUUCAGUAACCAGCCCUUGGAAUGGUAAUGAUCAAAUCUUACAUGUAGCUGGUUUCAAUGGUUGACUAAACAACCUCAGUAAAAAAAGAACUAUAAGAAGUUGAAAUAGCUUACCUGAGGACAUUGUCAACUCCGACACCUUUCAACAUUUUAAAUCUGAGCCUUUAAAUAAUUUACUUAAUAACAAUAAUUAGAUCUAUUUCUUCACUUUACUUUCAUAUAGACAGUGUAAUAGUCGUAGACAUUAUUUUUAGCUGUAAAUAGUUGGUGCAAUAUCUAUAUGAUUUUACCAACUGAACAUAAAUGUAAAUGUAGAAGCAAAAAAAAUCCAUUAAUUUAUGACCAAGUGUUCAAGAACAAAUCAGAGUAAACAGAAACCUAGGUAAAGUUAAACUUGAAAAAUUCACCAAAAUAUACAUAAUGUUCACUGAACAGAAAAGCCAAGUAUCUAUUCAAAAACCUUUUCAUGUCUGGUCUCAGUAAGUGGCUGAGCAAAUGGUUCAGACAGAACAUAUUCUAGUUCAAAGAUAAUACCAAACAAUGGAUGAUGUACAAGCUCCUUCAGUUCUUGUUGACUCUGAAGGACCAAGGAGAAGAUUUUUCAUACAACAGAGAAAUAACUGUAGUCACUGUGGGAAAAACUCAAAACAUGUAAAUCUAUUAUCAACACUAAAGGAAAAAGGAAGGGUCUUUUUAAAUUCUAUAAAUAGUCAUAAUCUGAAAAAGCCAGUUGUAUAUCACAGGAAAAAAGUAAAACAUAACUAUUUUUACUGUCAUGAUCUUUCAGCUGCUAUACACAUUCUUGCAUUGCCCAGUUAUAAAUAAAGAAUGUGGUAUUGCAUGUUUUGUCACGAAAACACCCUAUGGCUAAUUGGCUAACAAUAAACAGGCUUAUAUGAGAACGAUUCUUCGCAGUAAAGCACUAUUUGAGCAAUAGUGAAAAUCA